AUGGAGUCCCCGGCCUUGAAACCCUCGGUGCUGGACCCCCCGGCACACCCGGCACUCGGUCCCAACACCGUGCUGACGCCGGCGGUGACCAGCGGCGUCGGUUCAACCGCUGACGGUAGCGGUAGCUCGGCGGUCCUAAAGCAGGUGCAGCGCCUGCUGACACCGCCGUCCGAUCUGCUCGAGUGGAAAGACAUGCCCCAGCAUCUGCAGUUCAACCCGUACGUGCUGACCGGCUACCGGCCCCUGCAGGGCGUCAAGGGCUGCCUGAGCAGCCUCUUCUACGUGCACAACGAAACCAUCAACAUCCUUACACACGGCAUUCCGAUCGUUUACAUUCUGGCAACCGUGCCGGCAAUGAUGCCAUGGGAGAAAGAGUACCGCUUUCUGUCGUGGUGUCAUCUGGUCGGCUCCGUUGCACCGUGGUGCGGUAGCUUCGUCUACCACCUGUUCAUGAACCUGGAAUGCGGCGAGGGCGUCUACUACCGGUUGCUGCAGCUGGACAUGCUCGGCAUCUGGAUCAGCCAGAGCUUCGGAGCGUUACCGAUGGUGACGGCAACGGUGUACUGCCUCAAUACACCGCUGAAGUGGCUGCUCAUCAUUUCCUACUCGCUGUUGUGCAUUUGGGGACUCUUUAAGGCUAUGACGGCUUCAUCACCAUGGCAGCGGCGGCUCUGCUUCCUGCUACCGUUCAGCAUGCGAAUCGUGCUGACGUUGCUGCGAAUUUCCAACCUGGGCGGUGGCAAUCCUACCUCACUCACCCACGUAUUCCUUCAGGACGCUGUAUCAGCGCUAGGCGGAAUCAUCGGAGCAAUGCAUAUUCCCGAGAAAUGGUUUCCGGGCAGCGUAGACAUCUACCUGAACUCACACAACAUCAUGCACGUGCUGGUGGUGGUCGCCGUCUACUCGAUGCACCAGGCUACCAUACGGGACAUUGAGUGGAUGCAGUGGUCCGACUGCUAUGGACCCAACAGUAACGCCACGCUGGACAUGGACACCGUCGGUGGAUCGCGCCUGGAGCUAUGACUUGCGUCAAGACGCCAGCCUAGCGCUGUAGCUCCGGCGACAACGGCCAGCGGCCAGCAGAAGAAGCAAUGCCCCACCACCACCACCACCACCGACAACGCCGUCGCCGAUGACAUCUGCUCUCGAACGCACCUAGCGAACCUAGUCUGGCGUUCCUCACUUGCCGUACGCGUAUGUAGCGUAGUGUGCGUAGAGGGUGUCCGAAUGGCAUAGGUUAGAAUGAUCGACAUGGGGAGAUCAGAACCGUGGCUGGCACUCUCGAACCGGUACCGGUUACGCGCGUUACACCAUGAAAUAGGAGACCAUUGCACAGAUCGGCAGAUUCGCACCUAGAACCAUAUCAUGGAUGCUGUAGACGUCGUCGAUGCUCAGCACUUGGCACGCUGGAAGCCAGUCGGCCAGUGCACGAAGGCAACAUGUUUCAAACUCUUCGGGCCUAAACGGUAGUCGCCGUCGCCGCUAGCUACUAGCACGACAUUUUGUCCUAGGAUCCCUAGCCUAGCCUUGCUCGUUAAAAGACCAAACUAGUUCCUGUUUCCGCGCAGCGCGGAGCCGGCCUACACACAGUGCUUAACAUCCUCCAGUUGAGCCAGUCAGUAGAUUGGAGGGGGCGAACAUAGCGAACCAAUUACCUAGGCUUGCGCGUAGAGCAACGUCAAACACGGUACCCCGACACGUAGCAUCUGACACGGUUGCUUCGUCCUUCUUCCCUGCAACUUAGCAAACUGCGUGACGCUCUUCGAUUUGCCCGAAAGUGACUCUAGCUAGACGAUCACGAUAUACUAACGUGUCGAAUACCUUAUAGAACCUAACAUACCGUAGCACCCUAAUUACAAAACAAUUACGAAAGGCUGUUUAAGUAAUAAUUUUCCUACUGCUGUGAACAUACUGGAGAAUGGGCAAAGGUAGAAAUAAGAGAUGGUUUGCUGGAAAUCAAAAAGUGCAAGCUCUGUACGCCGCAACACACUGAGCUGAGUAGCAGUUCUCCUACCUUAACCGGACUGUGCGCGCGCGUGCGCCGCGGCUUUCCUCUCCCUUCGCGUUGGUUACAUUCAUGAUCCACCAAACAUUGCAAAAUAGCGUCUGUGAUCGUUAAAUUUAACAUACAACACAUUGUUACUAACGUUUAAAAUGUGUCUUUAGUUACGUAAGCGCAACGGUGUGGUGGCAAUUUGAGUUGAGUUAGGUAAAAGCAAUAACAAAAGCUUGACUACCUAACGGCGGUCUAUCUUACAUAUCUGUUGAAGAUCGUACGAUAUCGCGGAAACCCCCAAUCGCGGCUCACUUGAUUUUGGUAAUAAACUAAACAGGUACUAUUCUUUGAAGUAUCUAUUCGUUGCGGACCUUGAUAGCUGCUACUUUAGUUCGAGACACACACACACACUGAUGCCCACCCUAAAGCUAUUAAAAAGCCCAUGACGGCCCUUGCUUCCAGCAGAUACUAACCCAAUAGAACGGCCAAUCCAGUAGGUGAAUCUGAACGCAGUAACUAGUAAUACUUCAAUGAGUCCCUGAUCCUGAAACUACUGACAAGUCAGAACUGUCCGACUUCCACCCGUGAACUCAGACCGGCCUUCUGGCGGGAUUAUGUGGUUCACAGGUUAUGUGGGCAGGGCGAAAGUAACUUUUCUGGCGAAAUAAUACUGAUUUUACGUCAAGCAGUCACCGUUAUGGGUCACCAUCAUGCUAUGCCACAUAUUCGGGAAUGCUCGCUUCACAGGAGCACACACGAGGUCGACGGAGCUGACAUUAUCCUUUCGUUCAAGUAACGUGUUAUCUAUUGAAGUAUCUAUUGAAAAACAAAAAACAAUCCGCUCAGUCACAACGAAUGGGUAGCCUAGCCAGUGGCUGAAUGCUGCGUGUAUCGCUCUCUGUGCAACUCUGUUUGACGAUGAAUUAAAGUUAGUGUAAAAAAAUACUACUCUUUUCACGCUUAUCUAGAUGAAACCCAAGCAAAGUCUCAGACACUUCAGAAGCGAAAUCCUUAACACUAUUGUGCAAUGUGAUAUGAUAUUUUUGCGCAUGGAAGUGUAUCGAUUCUGGAUAUACGCAAGAUAUAUAGCAUAUUAAUUGCACACUGUGAAGAAGUCUUGUUCUUUUGCCAUGUUGGACGGUGCAUGCAUCUGAGAGUACCGAGAGCGUACUUGUGUAUAAAUACACCCUGAGGCGAGGGCUCCAACAUGUAUCCCCCUGCCCUCGCCACCAGCGAAGGGCAAAUAUGUUCCAGUAUGUGCGAGUGCUACGCGAGAUGUGCGCUACGUUUGGCAGACAAGAAACAGAAAACAAUUCCAGUAAUCCAAACAAAGAAACCAAUUAAGCGCAAGGAGACAGAAAACCAAAAUUACCAACAUACUCAGCUGUAAAAAGCUUACCUAGAAGUGAGUGUAAAAUAUCACCAAAAGUACCAAAUUAUUAAGCUGUAUUUUGCGAUCAACAAAUACGUCCAAAGUAGUGGCAGAUGUUUAUCGUUGAGAUCACAUGACUCGUUCUAGCUCUCUCUCUCUCUCUCUCUUUCUCUCUUUCUCUCUCACUCUAUCUCUUUCUGUCUUUUGUAAGGCGAUAUAGAUUCACGAUUGUGGGUCGGUCGACACGGUCAUUGUGGACUCGUCUCGCAUUCGCGAAAAGUGAAAUGUGUCAUUCUGCAAAUGCAAUACUAUUCGAUUCAUUAAUUGGAAAUGGAUCGAAAGAACAUGCGUGAACAUGCGUGACAAAGCAACAAACCAUAUUGGCAACUUCAAAGCAACGUACACGCUCAAUAAUGCAUUAAACGAGUUAUCGUGAAUUGACCAAAACAAUUUUCUCAAAUUAUUAAUUGCUCUAUAGAAUGCGUUCAGUUUGUAACUGAUGGACUUUUAGUGAGUUAAAGAAAAAGAAAAAAAUCGGAAAACAACCACUAUAGAAAAACUUCCAUUGAAAUAAAG